AUGUUUACCUCAUCAUUUUUAUUUCUUGAUUGGAAAUUUCCAAUAUUAAAUCUUGGAUAUACUCUGGACACGAAAUCGGAACACAUGAACACGAUACCAAAAGGUGAUGAAUAUACAUUUGCAUUCAAUAUGGCAUCCUUAUCUCAAACAGUUCUUUGUCCAAUUGUUGGUUUUCUUCUUGCAUUUCGAGCAGAACAGAGUAUGUGUUAA